CCGAGGGCCCUAGAGACGCGCUGAGAUCCAGAGGAGAGGAGGCACAAGCGCGCAGACACCCGAGAAAAAACAUGACUGCUUCAUCCAUGGCGCACAACGUGGGGAAACAUCCCAGUGCCAAGGAGGAGAGAAAGAUGAGGAAGCCGCUCAUCGAGAGGAAACGACGAGAGAGGAUAAACAAUUGUUUGGAUCAGCUGAAAGAAACUGUGAUCGGAGCGUUCAGACUUGAUCAAUCUAAACUGGAAAAAGCCGACAUUCUGGAGAUGACAGUGAAGCAUCUGCAAAACAUCCAGAGUAGUAAACUCAACGACCCCACAUUAGGCCUGGAGGUCCAGCAGAAAUACAGCACAGGGUACAUCCAGUGCAUGCACGAAGUCCACAACAUGCUCCUCACCUGCGAGUGGAUGGACAAAACGGUGGGCUCCCGCCUGCUCAACCACCUCCUCAAGUCCUUGCCCAGGUCCACGGAUGAGCGCCCCCUCCAGCCCUCACCCAGACACGAUGGCCCUCUCCUGGCCGGACAAGGCACAGGGUUCCCCAGCACACCCCUCAGAGGAGACCCCCUCGCUGGGAGGCCAACCUGCCAUGUGGCUGCUGGACGCCAAGACAGGCCCUCAAUCCACAGCUCCCACCUGGGGAUGCUGGAGAUGUGGAGGCCCUGGUGACCUGGUGGAUUACUUAUGUUGGUUCUCCAUUCUGUUAGACCAUCCUCUGUUAUGUAUCUUAUAGAUAUGCUGCUCAGAAGACAAACGUGGGGCAGUUUUGUUCCGGUGAUUAUUAUUGUAGGUGUGCUAUGAUUCUAUACAGACCUUUUCUCAGUACUUCCCUUUAGAAGUUGACUUCUUGUAGCCUGCAUUAUAGAAGGCUCUUAUUAAUCUUUUAUGUAUUUAUUGUAUUAACAGCUUUAUUUAUUUGAUAUUAUAAGGCAUUAUAAGACUUGGUUUCUUAGACUAUUUGCUUGGUAUUGCAUAGAUGUUUAUGUCUUCCUCCUUUGCUGUAUAAUUAACCCAAACAUUAAUAAGAAUAAAACUUGUAUUGUUUUCAUCUUUAUGAAAGAUCCUGUGUCAUGUACAGUUGUUGUUGUCAAUUGUGUUUUGAAAUCUGCUAUAGUGGCCGUGCAGGACAGGAAAUGAGUCCCACUUGUCAGGUUAUUUACUAAUAUCAUACAAAUAUAGAUAUGAAAUAUAAUCAAAUGAGGAUUAUUUAAGUGUCGUUUGAGCCAGGACUUUUAUCACUGAAGGAUUUGGUAGAGAUGAUCAGACCUGUAAAGAUAUUAGCUGCAUUUAUCAAUAUUUUUACAUACAUUUGAAACCAGAUGUCAUGUAGUGGCUGUGACUGUCACUCACAGUGACAGCUCAUUCUUCAUUAGCUCAUAGUUUUAGUAGCUCCAGCUGCAAAUACUGAACACAUCAGCUGACACACUACCUGCCCUGCAACACAUGUCAGACACACCAGGUUAGCAGGUCAGUUAGUUUAGUUUAGUGAACGUAGGUAUUUCUCACAUGUUGACCAUGUUUAUAUUAACAAUACGACGCUGAGUCCGUGAGCCAACAUUCACAACACCAGGACAUUCUUAUGUUUGGAUAUUUACUAUGAUAUAAUGAAGUGCAGCAGACAUGUUGACUUGUAUUAAAGUGUCUCUGUAAGUCAUGAGCCUGCGUGCACAAUCCCUUCAGCCGUUAUUCAUUCCAUUAUUUCCUC